CCGCUAAAUUGUUUCAAUACAUUACUAGGAUAAGGAAGAACCUUCAGCAAGUAGGUUUCGUUUAAGUACGCAACGAUGCGAUCGAUUUUUCUUAUCACCCUACUGGUGGUGAUUACCGUAGCAUUCGCUACCGUUCCACGCAGAACACGGAAUGCUCAAGCCAGCCGGCAGCUUGCGGCACAACUAUUUACCCGGCAAUUCGCGGGAGCAAGGAAACAAGCAUCGGCAAGUUCCGGUUUCGACUCAAGCUCACGACAAGUUUCCGAACACUUCUUUACCACAAGCGUCGAUCACUUUAACGCUCAAAAUACCGAACAAUGGACGUUGCGCUAUUUUGCUUCAACCGAUAACUACCGGCAAGGUGGUCCCAUUUUGAUUUUUCUUGGAGGGCUCAAUCCAAUCAUACCAGAGUUGAUUGGCGAGACAACGCUGAUUCACGAAAUGGCACGGGAGUGGAACGGUGCGCUGUUUGCCUUUGAAUCACGGUUCUACGGACAAAGUCGACUCACUGAAGAUGUGAGCACCGAAAAUCUUCGUCUGCUGAGUACUGAUCAAAUAUUGGCAGAUUUAGCUGCAUUCGUGACUUACGUGAAGCGCGAGCAUAUCGGAGACGAAACAGCUAGGGUCUUAGUUGCCGGUAAUGAAUUAGGCGGAGCGUUGGCUGCCUGGUUCCGGGUUCGGUAUCCUCAUCUAGGACAUGCUGCGUGGGCUUCCAGUGCCUAUAUGCAUGCUGUGCUUAAUUUCCAAGACUUCUCAGAGGCCUGGGCAGAGGCGUUGAUCGAACAUGGCAGUCAGGAGUGCUACAACGAGAUCUUCGUGGCAUUCCAUGUUUUGCAGAACAUGAUAGAUUUGGGACGUGCCGAUUUGAUUUACGAGAAGUUCAACAUAUGCACACCAAUAGAUCCCGAAAAUACGCGUCAAGUUCAAUAUUUCUUCAGUGUUCUGAUGGCAACGGUUGAAAUGGUCACUAUUUACAGCAGAAAUGUGACUGGUUUUGCUCAAGUCUGCCAAGAUAUAACUGGAACUGAUGCGGAAACUGCUGUGGAUGCAUUUGCGAGUUGGUUCAACACAGUAUAUCCUGAGGAUAGCGUUUGUGCAGGCACAGAUAUAGCAGAGGUUAUCGAAUGGCUCAAAGAAACUGAUUGGGAUUUUCAGUAUAAUGCAUACGGUCUCCGUCAAGCGCUCUAUCAAGAGUGUACCGAGUUUGGUUUUUUCGUCACAACGGAUUCACCUUCCCAGCCAUUCGGCGACCGAGUAACGCUUGAUUUUUACAUUGAUACGUGCCGUGAAGUAUUUGGCGAAUGGAUUACUGAGGAAUCGAUCCAGCGAGGCAUUGAUCGUGCAAAUAACCGAUUUGGCGGAGAUAAUCCUGGCUCUAGUUUCACACACUUCACCAACGGUGAUGCUGAUCCGUGGAGAAUGAUAAGCAUCACCCGUAAUCUUACACUCGAUGCGCGAGCCGAUGUAAUUCGCAAUCAGUUGGGAAACUCGGAUCUACCCGCCAUGUCACCGGAUGAUCCGGCAGAUCUGCAAGAGGUCAAGCAACGUUUGAAGCUUAAACUUGCCAGUUAUCUAUUUCCUUUGACUCCGUUGGAGAGUCCGUCAGGUGAUCGCUCGUAAAACAAUUGGAGAAGUCGUCUGUACGAUGAAAUUUUAAAUCUUUUUUGGUGUUUGAGAAAAAUAAAACUGUUCUACUG